CCCAAGAAGGCAAUACAGAACACUGUCCCUUUCGAGCUGGCUUAUAAGGUAGUCAUGUUGACACAAUGAAUGUGAAUAUCCGGGGAAACUGCACUAACAUGCACUGCUCUGCUGCCUACAUGAAUUAAUUGGGUAGGGCUCCAACUGCAAACAAAGCAAAGCAGGACAAGAAAGGUUCCUGAAAAUGUACAAAGACACGAGGGCGUCCUAAAAAAAUUCAGCUGUCAUGGAAGAUGUUGAUGUCCCGGCCACCUAAAGCUCCAUCUCUCCACCCUCUCUCGGGGAAAGACCAGUCACUUUUGGCCAGCAUUUCUGGCUAUGCGCUGUUGUGCAUGUUUAUUCCAGCAAAGCCUGCAGUGCUCUCCAUCCAAGAUGGCUGCGGGUGAGAGCAACAGCCGUUCCUCGUGUUUAAACCUGUCCACCCCGGGCCCGCUGGGAAACGCCCAGGCGAGCAACGGAGUCCACUCGGCCCCGGCGGGCAAUGCGGGGUCUGGGGCCGCCGCCGGAGGGCUGAACAGGACCACAGGGAGCACUAACCCACAGCCAGGCCUGGACAGCGACGUCGCGGUGAGGGCCACGCCGAGCGCGCAGCACCAGGCUCGGCAGGCGGCCGGCCAGAGCGCCGCCGUGGCGGCAGCAGCAGCUAACGUAGAAUCUCCGGGAGGCUCCGCGUCCAACAUGACGACCUCUUCGUCGGCUUGCUCGGCGGAUACGGCCGCCAUCUCUUCAUCGCUGCCCGGGAGCCCGGCCUCCGUGCUGGUGUACCGGGAGCCCGUUUACAACUGGCAGGCGACGAAAAGCACGGUGAAGGAAAGGUUCGCGUUUCUCUUUAACAACGAGGUGCUAAGCGACGUCCAUUUUUUGGUUGGGAAGGGGAUGGGUGUGCAGCGCAUUCCUGCACACAGAUUUGCUCUCGCCGUCGGGAGCGCUGUGUUCGACGCCAUGUUCAACGGAGGCAUGGCCACAACAUCGACAGAAAUUGAGCUGCCAGAUGUGGAACCGGCUGCUUUUCUGGCUCUCCUCAAGUUUCUAUACUCCGAUGAGGUGCAGAUUGGCCCUGAGACAGUAAUGACUACAUUAUACACUGCAAAGAAGUACGCAGUGCCUGCGCUUGAGGCGCACUGUGUGGAGUUCCUGAAGAAAAACCUACGUGCUGACAACGCUUUUAUGUUGCUUACCCAGGCACGGCUGUUUGAUGAGCCGCAGCUUGCCAGUCUCUGCCUGGAGAAUAUAGACAAGAACACUGCGGAUGCGCUUGCUGCUGAGGGAUUCACAGACAUUGACCUUGAUACGCUGAUGGCUGUGUUGGAGAGGGACACACUUGGGGUGCGAGAGGUGCGUCUGUUUGGGGCUGCAGUGCGCUGGGCGGAGGCCGAGACACAGAGGCAGCAACUGCAGCCCACUCCGGAGAACAAAAGGCGGGUGCUGGGUAAAGCCCUCGGCCUCAUUCGCUUCCCACUGAUGACCAUAGAGGAGUUUGCAGCAGGUCCAGCUCAGUCGGGUAUACUCACGGACCGGGAGGUGGUCAGCCUCUUCCUGCACUUCACUGUCAACCCCAAACCCCAUGUGGAGUUCAUCGACCGCCCACGCUGCUGUCUACGAGGGAAGGAGUGUAGCAUCACACGCUUUGGCCAGGUGGAGAGCCGCUGGGGAUACAGUGGGACCAGUGAUCGCAUCCGGUUUUCUGUGAAUCGCAGAAUAUUUGUGGUGGGAUUUGGGCUCUAUGGCUCCAUACAUGGUCCAACUGACUAUCAGGUCAACAUCCAGAUCAUCCACACGGACAGCAACACAGUGUUGGGACAGAAUGACACAGGCUUCAGCUGUGAUGGUACAGCUAAUACCUUCCGAGUGAUGUUCAAGGAGCCUGUGGAAAUACUACCCAGUGUCAACUACAUAGCCUGUGCAACACUUAAGGGACCGGACUCCCACUAUGGGACAAAGGGCAUGCGCAAAGUCACUCAUGAAGCCCCGGCCACAGGCACCAAGACCUGCUUCACCUUCUGUUACGCUGCAGGCAACAACAAUGGCACUUCAGUAGAGGACGGACAAAUUCCAGAGGUCAUCUUCUACACAUAAUGAUGGACCUCUGUUAGUUUAAAUUGUGUGGCCUCCUUCGCUACAUAUUAUUACCGAUUCCCUGAACUUUUCUGGUCUAACUGCAGAUCAGUGACCAAAUAAUGAUCUCUUAUCAUGAUGUUUUCAUUUUUUUGUUGCCAUAUGGUAAGAGCAUGAGAAAUCUAUCAAGUGUCCAGGUGUCCAGGGCACAACUUUGUUUUUUCUACUUGUGUAGCACCACAUAGUGUAAGCCUGAAGUUACAACCAACUAGUGAUCACUUGGGGAAUAACAGAAAUCUCUCAACAGCUGUUGAUAGUUAAUCUAUAGAUCAGGCCUAAUUCAUGCGAAGCUGGCACAGCUCGAUUUUUAUUCUGUUAAUGGCAACAUUGUUUAAUUUGUCAGUUUAGUUUAGUGUUGCUGAAUGGUUUGCAACUGGGUCCAACUUUUGACUGAUAGGUAAAAUGCUCAUUGCUUUGGAGUUGCACUGAUGCACUUUUGACCCAGACGCAACUGCAAAUUGUACAAUGUUUGGGGGGAAAAUACACUACAAUUGUGUGGAACACAGACUGUUACAUGUUUUCUGACACAUAAAAUUUGAUUUGUCAUGUGUAAAAGUAGGUAAUGUUUACAAUGAAUGCUGUUUAACCAUAGUUGCCCUCUUCAUAACGGAGCCAAAUUCCUAGUAGUGCACUUCAAUUCUAAACACCAUUGUUGAAGAGAAGCUCUAUUCUUGAGUGAAGAAGUACUGAACACCUUUCUAUAAUUCUAGUUUACUGUUUCUAUCUGGAGAAAAAUAGAUGAUAAAAUUUGGAGGAUGAUCACAGAACAACUUAUUGAAUGUAAAACUAUUUGCCAAUCUGUAUAUUGCUUAUAAAAUUUCAGUUUCACCAAUGCUUAUUGUAAAAGUGCUGUAAAUAUAUCCAUGUUCUGUAUGUUCAAUUAAAGUCUGUGCACUUA